UCACAGUGCCAUUUAGCCAUUUCCCUCAGAAGCUUGUAUGCGCGCACGGGUUCUCCCAUUUGAAAUGCAUGAAUGCUUUUUCUAUAGGUGCUUCCGGAAAAAUAACAUAUCCACAGUGAUCUGGGUGGAGUUUCGCUUGAGGAGACGCUAGACAGAUAAUAGGUAGAGGCGACACGUUAUAUAUUCGCACACCUUGACCGCGCCUUUAUUGUCUGGUUGACGGUACACUCGAACACUUACAACAUGCUGCAACGUUUUUACGGACUUGCUUAUUUUUCAGCAGUUUUACUGUUUGUGACCCUCACAGGUACACAAGCUGAAUGUCCUGUUAAGCUCAACCCACAGAGAGCUGUUGUGAGAUACAACGGUUCUGUAGAAGUUAACUGUAGCACUUCAAUCACACAUAAAGGGAUGGGAUGGGAAGCCAGUGAGGGAGCAGUGCCCAUGACCAGAGACAAAAUUAUCGCAUGGAGAGUGUCACACCUGACAGAAUGGGACAUAGAGCCAUUCUGCUUUAUAAACCAUGAGGAACAGUGUCAAGUACAGCUCCCGGUCACAAUUUACAAGACUCCAGACAGUGUGUCCAUCAGCAUUGUGGAUCACAGAGGACCAAUGAUAGAGGGACAGCAGUAUAAGCUCCAGUGUGAUGUUCACGAUGUGGCUCCUGUUCAGUAUCUCACUGUCAAAUGGUACAAAGGACAGACUCUGCUGGAUAAAACCACCUUCACUGAGGAUAGCAAGACUCCAUUGAAUGAAACCGCCACACUCCUGAUCCGUCCAGACAGAGCUGAUGAUGGAGCUCAAUACAGGUGUGAAGCAGAGCUGGAACUGGGAGCAGAAGGACCUCAACCUCCUCCAAAAGAAACAUCAGGAAGUCUUAAUAAUGAAUUGUACUAUAAACCAAAACACUCCAGUUCAACAGAGACCAUCAUUAAAAACGAUGAGGUCACGCUAAACUGUACAGUGAAAGCAAACCCAGCUGCUAUGUACACAUGGCACUCAGAGCAUCUGAAAGAGGAAAUCAGCACCUCAGUGCUCCAGUCCCCCACACUCAGUCCAGGAAACUACACGUGCACCGCCACAAACUCUCUGGGAAGUGACAGCAAAGUGUUCAUCAUUGAAUCUGAGCAAACAGACAGAACCACAUUCUGGGCUAUUGUUAUAUCCGGCGUGGUCGUGGCACUGGUGUUAAUCGCCACUUAUGUGAUAGUCAAGACUAGGAGUUCCAACAAUUCUAUCAUUUGAUGGAAAAGAGAUGAUGUCAAAGGGGUACCUUCUCCUCAGGGAGAUCAUGAAAAACUGGAUUAUUAUGGGUUGUUCUUUAAAGAAAUAGGCUAGUUCACCCAAAAUCUAAAUUUGCUGCAAAUAUGAGCCAAUAAUCUAUAACAACACUUCCUCCAUUCACUGUUGUCCUCUCACAUCAAAAUCCACCAACAUAUUUGUUUAGAACCGGUUUCACUUUUGAAAAGCAGAUUUUUAUUAUUGGGUGAACUAAUCCUUUAAUGAACUGAUGUGAUUUUGCAUGGCUUGGGGUGUUGCAGUACUGGGAACUGUUACAGCACUUUUUUUAAUCACCAUAUUCAACUUCAAAUUAGAUUUGUUUUUAUGUGUAUUCAUUCAUUAUUCUGGUCCUGAUAGGACAAAAUCAUGUCUUGUAAUUGUCAUUAAAUAUAACCACUUUUUUGUGGAAAUCCCAUUACUGUACAACACUACAUUAUUUUUCCUUUACAAAUAGUCAUAUUUUAAUUUUGAAAAGCCAGUCAUUAAAGAUAUGAAGAAUAUGACUAACUGUAUUUUCAUUGCUGUUAAUGUUAAUUUGGUGCUGGGUAUGUAGUGUGUUAUAAAGUAUUUUACAGAAAUGCAUGUCAUAGUACAUAUAAUAAUAAUAAUAAUAAUAAUGUUUCAUUAGUCUGUUGCACAAAAUUUAUUUUUUGUUUACAAAUGUUAUUGUCUUGAAUGUAAAGCUUCACUUUCAUUUUCACCCAUUAACUGGUUUAUCUAUCCACCAUGGUUUUAGCUGAAGUUAAUUUAUUUGUUAUACACCCUCACAUUAUUUUUAUACUGAGGUUGGGACAUUUUUCACUAUUAAAUGUACUGCAUGCCUGUUUCCAUGUAUUUUUAUAAAACAUCAUACAAUAUUGAUACAAUAUUUUUAUUUUGUGGGGCAUUAGCGAUCAAGAGCAUGUUAUGAACUCUUAAAAUAUGCAAUAUUUGUUUCAACCCUAACUGUAACCUUAACUAGCUGAAAACUGCUAGCCAAAUUAACCUAGUAACUGCUGGCUAAUGAUAGAAACAUUAACAAAGAUCCAGUUGUUGAGAAAGGAGAAGAUAAAACAAAGAUCACUGAUCUGAGAAAAUUAAUAUUGAUGUCAGUAGCAAACAAAAUUCAUCACAAAGAUUACACAUAAUCUCCAUAAUGCUGAUAAAAAAAAUGGUUAACAGAUAAUAGUAGGUACUAAUCAAGUGUGUUAUACAUCUUUCCUUGUGGUCUUCAUAUAUAGUCUGCAGGCAUAGAAAACCUCUUUUUCAGUACUGAAAGUUGCCUUCAUUUUCUUCUCUUUUCCUCUUCUAAUGGCAUGAUGAGGUCAGUGGAAAGCCUAUGAUCACAUGCUUAUUUUUCACCCAAUAAUUGCUCAUAGCUAUGAUACUUUGUAGUCUACAUAUAAAACCAAAUUUGCAUAUUUAAAUUGUACAAUGUUGGUAACACUUCAAACAAGUGAACACAAAAGCCAUAACAUGACAAUGUUAAAGUAUGGUACCUUACUGUAAAGUGUUCUCAACAUUUUUUGUACUCUUUUGUACUGAACACUUUAUCAAAUCUGAACGUGUUUGUAUAAUGUGGGAGGACAUGUGUUGUAGUAAACGUCAGUUUCUUCCUAAAACUGUAUAGUAGCAUUGCUUUUCAUGUUUUUGUUUGUGUGCUUUUGUGUUAUUUUAUGAAUACAGAAUUUAUUUGAAAACCA